CAACACAGAGGUAUCUGUGAAAACCCAGGAGAACACCCAGGAGAACACCCAGAGAACACCCAGAGGAUUGAUGAGGAGGAGUUGGGAAGAGAAAGGGAUUCUCCUCUCCUCUUGGAUCACCAUCACAUGAGUUCUCCAGAUGAAUUUACACCUGGAAUCCAUGGUCAGGAGAACAGGGGAGAGUACCGAUUCCAGUGCCCCCGUGCAGGUCUGUUCCAGUGCCCCCGUGCAGGUCUGUUCCAGUGCAGUAUAACAGGCCUGGUGUUUAGGAUGGAGGGAGAGGGAGAGGUGUUCUAUAAGACAGUCCACUGGGACAUGAGGUUUCUAUCCCAGAAUGGCAAGAGACCUGCAGGACCCCUGUUCAAGUUUAGAUGCCUUAAGGGGUCUGUCUGUCAACUACACCUCCCACACUGUGAGAUCUACAAUAGUGGUGGAUGUGACUUCCUGUCUGUAGCCCAUGUGACUGAUGACAACAUAGAGUUUCUCCCUCCUCUUGAGAUAAGAGAAACACACAUCAUCAUAAACAUCAGUGGAUUCUCUGCUUAUGGUGAAGUCAAGGAUGAAGACUCUCCCACCAUUCCUAUACGAGCACUUGUCUUGUUGUUCUACAAACCCCCAGUUGUUCCUGAAAAGAGGUCCAUCCUGAAUGUGUUGUUGCUUCCCAGAAAUGUUGUGAUCAGAGAGGUGCAGGAGGAAUGGAAAAGAAGGAAUGGAGACAAAUACAUCUAUAUUGAAAYAAAUCCUCGCUGCCAACUAACUCCAAAUAAAGAAUACGAGCUCUCCGCAGAUCUUACAGAUGAAUAUCUAAUUCAACCAAAGGAUGCAGAAUUUGUGGAUUUUGAAUCCUAUGAAAACUACUUCCCAACAUUUCAGUUGUUCAUACAAACCGUUGUUGAGCAAGUUAAUAUUCUUCUGAAAGACAAUGGUGGUGAAGAAUCUGUCUGGGAAAGACUUAUCUGGCUUCCAGCCUCACCAACAGAAGUGAAGUCUGCAGUCCACCCCUCAUCCCCCCUCAGUCCCCCCGUCAGUCCCCUUCAGCCCCUCAUCCCGCACCCUCAGUUCCCGCCCCUGUCCCCCUCGCCUCUCCCUCAGUCCUCCUCCCUCAGUCCCCCCCUGGCAGUCCCCCUCCGGUCGCCUCUUCGUAGCCCCUUCUCAGUCCCCUCGUCAGGCUGCGCCCCCAGUCGCUCAUGCUUCCACGGCCGCUCAAGCUCUCUCCGCUCCUCGUCCCCCAGGUCCCCGUCCCCCUCAGUCCCCCCUCAGUCCCCCCCCUUCAGUCCCUCAGCCCCCUCAGUCCCGCCCCCUCAAGUCCCCAUCCUCCCUCCCUUCAGUCCGCAAAAUGAUAAAAGGUGA